AUGACAUCCAUUCAACCUCAAAUCUGCAAAAGUUGGCAUGCAACGGCGGGUCUGUUGUGUGCGCCUUCCACUGCAGUCCGAGUGCCACUGCGUCCUCUCCAUUAUCAAGCUGCAAAGAAGUCGGCCUGCACCAUUGGAAAAGCACCUCUAAGAUCGCUAUCAGUUUAUGCGAGUCCGCUGUCACAGUACCGCGUUCAGAAUACACGCACCUCUCCGAGCAGACGUUCCCUGAACGGGACCGUCAUUCGAGCAACAUACAGCACUGCAACCAUGGAACCAGGAGGACCAACAAUUCACAAUGUGUUUGAAAGCAAGACAGGCACCUGGCAAUAUGUAGUCGCUGAUCCAACUACAUCAGCAGCCGUAAUCAUCGAUCCGGUCCUGGAUUAUGACCCCGCCACCCAGGUCAUCACCACGGACUCGGCUGACGUACUACUGUCCUUGGUCAAGGAGAAGGGAUACAAAGUCGAAAGGAUCCUUGAAACCCAUGCACAUGCAGAUCACCUCACCGCAGCGUCCUAUCUGCAGAAGCGUUUAGCCGAGGAGCAAGGCCACCGGCCGCCCAUCGGGAUCGGCAAGCGCAUCGGACAGGUGCAGAAGUUGUUUGGUCAAAGAUACGGCAUUCCUGAGCAGGAAUAUGAAGGCGUCUUUGACAAACUCUUCGAGGACGACGAGGCAUUUAAGAUUGGCAAUUUGACUGCCAAGGCCAUCCAUCUUCCUGGACACACUCCGGACCAUUUGGGGUACCGCAUUGGAGACAAUAUUUUCUCCGGCGACCUAAUCUUCCAUUCGGAUAUUGGCACCGCACGCUGUGAUUUUCCCGGCGGCAGUGCCACCAACCUCUAUUAUUCAGGACGGAAGGUCUUGAGCUUGCCGGAUCAAGUCAAGAUCUGGAUGGGCCACGAUUAUCCUCCCGAGGGGCGCAAGGAACCUGUCCCCUCGCUGAGCGUCCUGGAUCAUAGGCAGCAAAAUAAACACCUUAAAGACGGCGUCACCGAAGAGGAGUUUGUAGCGCUGCGGAAGGAACGUGAUUCGAACCUGGCUGAGCCGAGGCUGCUUCACCAGUCACUGCAGAUGAACAUUCGGGCAGGACGAUUACCGAAGCCUACAGAGUCGGGGCAACGAUUGCUCCAUGUUCCGUUAAAAUUGAAGGAGUUGACAUGGUAG